AUGAUCAAUAAUACUUUCAAUCGUUUAUGCAUGUUCAUUGCAAUUUUUUUGCAAUUGGUUAAUGUUAAUGCUGCAACAAGUCAAGCUUAUAGAAAGAUAUCGUUCACUAACGUAGGUUUCUCCGGUACCUAUAAUCCAGUGUCCAAAUUAAAUAAUAUCGAUAAGGAUACCUGUUCUUGUGAAGUAGGUAGUCCAGUAUCAUUUGGCGGUGCCAAUGCUCCUUUGGCUGAUUACGUUUCUGUCCACUUCCGUGGUCCAUUGACUUUAAAACAAUUUGCAUUUUACUCUUCAAGUUCCUUUGUUAUUAAUAUUAAUAGAAGUUCAGUCAGCUGGGAUCGUAUGGCUUAUUACGAUGCUUCAUCUCAAACUUCUCAAAAUAUUACUUUCUUAACAAAAGCUGGUGAUUCUUCUCCAUGUUUGGGUAAAGCUUUAUCUUAUGCUUCUAAAAACGGUACUGGCUACUCUUCCGCUUCUACUAUUUUAGAACAAGACAAUUACAUUUCUUCUGAUCAAGAAUAUACCAUCUACUCCAACGUUUCUUGUCCAUCAUCAGGUUCUAGCAAAGGUUGUGGUGUUUACCGUAGUGGUAUCCCUGCUUAUUACGGGUUUGGUGGUGUUACCAAAAUGUUCUUAUUCGAAUUUGAAAUGCCAACUGAAACUCAAACUAACAGUACUUCUUUCGAAUACUACGAUCUUCCAGCUAUCUGGUUAUUGAAUGACCAAAUCGCAAGAACUUCUCAAUACCCAUCAAAUACAAACUGUUCUUGUUGGUCAAGUGGUUGUGGUGAAUUUGAUAUUUUCGAAAUUAUGAAUGGUACUGAAAGAAAUAACUUAUAUUCUACUUUCCACACCUACCAAGGUAUUGCUGAUUUAGGUACUGGUAUUCAAGCUGAUGGUCAUUUCUCAAGAAACACUACUAAUACUAUGAAAGGUGGUGUCGUUUUUGAUUCAAAUGGUGAUGUCAUCUCUUUCUUGUCACCAGAUAUUGAGUUCAACACUACUUACGCAGCAGAAAAAGUUAUUGCAUUAGUUUCUGGUAUCCCUAACUCUGACACUUAUUCAACUCAGUUAGCAGUAAUCUCAACUAGUUCAGCUACUGCCACUAAAUCCAAAUCUAGCGGCUCUACUUUGGGCAAAGUUAAUUCAUUCUGGUAUUAUUUUAUUACUGCAUUUACCGCAAUUAUUCAUACUUUUAUGAUAUAG